GAUGUGAACGAUUGAACGAAAUUAACGAUGAACUUGAUCAUCUAAACGUAAACUAGUUCAUAUCGUUCACUGAAGUGAGUAGUUCAAUUGAACUAGGUCGUUCAUGAAUGACAUAUCUUUAAUUCAAAUAGUUUUCAUUCGAAUGAAACAAUUGAAUAAUUUUUCAUUCCAACAAAACAAGUAGGUUAUAUAGUCUUGAUUGUCAUUUUAUCUAAAUUUCAAAUACCCAUAAACACUGUCGACAUUUUUACCAACGAAGAUGAACUUAUGAAGGAUCUUAUAUUAAGGUUUCAAGAUUUUUAUUGAAAACAUUUCAAACGUUUAAAAAAAAAAAAUAUGAUGGAAGACUUCUCAUUAAGUUCACAAUAGGUGUCUUAAAAAAAACAACUGUCCUUCAGCCGUCUUUAAAAACAGAAUAUUCGAAUAGUUCAAUACUAUCGAAUAGGCCGGUAUUAUAAAUACUAUCGAACAGUUCGCUUAUAUCAAACUAUCGAAUAAUUCGAUAGUGUCCAUUACUAGUAAACAUAGUAAACUCAUUAAGCACUAAUGAACUGCAAUUUUCCCGAAUACUUUGUUAAUUUAUAUUUUUUAGUUUGUACUUAAGUUACAAACGUUAUGCGAUAUAUGAUUCAUUAUUAAUACAUCCGUUUUUUAUCGUCCUGGUUAUGUCAGUACUUAGAAAAAUUUUUAAUAAUUUUAAAUCAAUAUAAUGUCCUAUUAAAAUAUCAAAUGAUUUCGUUUGAAUAUUUUCUAUAAAACUCGUCUUAAAAUGAGUGUAAAAGGCAACCACAAUGCUUGUUUUAUUUGUUUAAGAACGCCAAUCAAAUAUCCAGGAAUUUCUUUACACAGAUUUCCAUCCAAUCUCGCUCAAAGAUUGCUGUGGCUUGAAGCCUGCGGAUUAGCUGAAGAAGAUUACAGAUCGUCUCGAAGAGUUUGUUCAUUUCAUUUUAGAAAAGAGUGUUUUCAUACAACCUAUAUCAGAAAAUCUUUAAAACCUGGUUCUGUUCCAACAAUAUUUACAAAAAAAGAUUUUGAAGAUUACAAAAACUCGGUAUUACAAAAAAAUGAAUUAAAAAAGUCCAAAAAGAAAAAAAAGAAGAAAAAGAUUAAAAAAAGAAAUAAAAAAAAUAAAGAAGAAUCAAAUGAAACACAAACAUUAUUUUGUCCAAAAUCAAUGAUAAGAUAUGAUAAUUCACCCAACGGUUACAAAACGGUAUGGGUAUGCAGAAUAUGUCUUGUAUUUUUAUUCAGUGAAGAUGCUGUUAAUAAUCAUUUAAGUAACUGCAAUAUAUCCAGUGAUGCAGAAACUGACCAAGAUAUUCCUCUUGAACAGAAUAAAUCUAAUAAAUCGACUGUGAAUAAUGCUGGAGAAUCCAGUACAUCCGAAUACAUACCCAGUUGUUCAUCAUCUGAAGAUGAAUCCAUUACAAUGGAUGAUGAUAGUGAUAAUGAAGUAAAUUAAAAAUUAUGUAUGUUAUUUAACCAUUGAUAUCAUCUAAAAUUUCUUGUGUUAAUUGAUUCAAAUUUAUUAUUCACUAUAUCAUUAUUUUUAAUGGAUGCAUUUUUAAGUAAACAGUUGUAAUUACUAAGUAAUUAAUAUUUAAAUGUAUACAUGAAUAAAUUUUACUAACAAACGUAAAAAACAAUAGCUGUAUAUUGUGAAA